AUGGCAGAUCUGCAAGCCCAAUUAGAGGUCCUCUACUGCCCACCACUAGACGCAUCACUAGUCGCAGCAAUCGCCAAUGACGAAGGUCAAACCCUUCAGAGCGCCAGGGAGGUGCUGGACGCGCUCGCAGCAGACGCUGGGCCUUCGAGCUCAUCCACUCCUCCGAGAUCACCGGAAGACUUGUCGCCUCGUCAGGCAGAUACUGGUUCCGUUACUCCAGGCUCUUCUUCUGAUGCCACUUCUACUACUGCAGUCGACAUCGACCGUAUGCUCGACGAGUUUCAUCUGUCAGAGAAGCUCGAUCAUGGGGAGGAUGAAGAUGCCAGGGCAGCCAACCUCAAGCUGACAGAUGACGAAGAGGAGCCAUCGGAGGGCGAAAGCGAGCACGCAGAUGUUUCCAAGAGGGGCACAAGUCUGCAACGCACCAAAGAUGAUGGAAUAAAGGUCUUGUCCUCAGGAGGCGGAUCGGACUCACUGGCCUUCCUGUCUCAUGCCUUCCCUACUCGCACGCCAGAAUUUCUCGAGGAGACGCUCGCUGACUGCAGAGGGGAUGUGGGCAUGACCAUCGAUACGCUCAUGGCCAUCGAUCUGGUCGAACGCGAAGAGAUGGAAGAUACGUUCAGCAGCGAAACAAAGCAGAGUAGCACAUCGACUCCUGAGAAGAAGGGCUUGGACUAUGAUGCGCUUGCUGAAGGUAGCCGCAACGUCAAAGGCAAGAAGGGAAGGGCGAUGCGGAAGAAGGCUCACGAAGACCUGAUGAGGUCAAUGGGUCAGGAAGUGCUGCAACCGAGGAAAGGUCACCAGACCAAAGUUACUCUGGGAGACGUGAGACAAGGUGCCAAAAGUCUUCCCAUGUCAGCUUCUCGCUCGACGCGCUCCUCGAAGGGCAAUGUGUCGUCACACGACUACGCUGCGCAACAACCGACCGAGGACCUCACCGAUGAGGAGCUUGCGAAGAGACUAGCAAAGGAGGAAGACCCGACUGCAGGAGAAGCCGUCAAGGACAACCAGUGGCUGCUCACGUCUUCAGUCCUUGCACAGCUCUCGACAUUGCUUGACGUUCCGCCUCAAAGCGUCGCAUCAGCAUAUAAUAAGGCCUCUUUCAAUCUUCACAUUGCUGUUGGCAGGGUGAUCGAUGCGAGCGCCGCAGAGUACCCAACUUUGGACUCGUUAGAUGAAGCAGGCUCUGCUCCCUCUGGUACCGCCAAAGCUUUGGUGGACUCCCUGGCCGCCUUGGCCGGAAAGAGCGUCGUGAUGGCAGAGCUAGCUCUGCGAUCGACCAAGGGAAGACAAGACGCCGCACUCGACUUGCUGAAUCUAAUGGACGUCGUACGGGAUGCCGCAGGAGGCGAGAAGCCAGACGAGCUGGAUCCACUGGGCAGACUAAGGGAUGGAGGGGAUGUCUUGCUGCCGGAGAAGAAGCAGACUGCAGACGCAUCCUCCGACCGUGCUGGCAUGUCGGUCAAUGUCGACCCCCUGCCAGGUGAGUCAGUCGAUCUCAAGACACUAGAUGCCGCAAGACGGGCAGGUGGUUUCGCCAGAGCCACUGUCGCAGGAAGGAACGGCGCCCCGACCGGUCAGGACAGGGCAAUGGCGUCCCUCCGAGAGGGUACGACGGCUACUAUCUCCUUCCCUCCCAGCUCCGCAGCAACAUCCUCCUCCUCCGGCAGCAACUCGAUCCCCAACGCUACUCAACUCAUGUUCUCCGAGCCCUCCUACUCCCCCUCCUCUCCCGCCCGCUCCUCUCGUCCCCUCUCACUACGACAGCGCGAAGAGCUCAUCAGUCACUACCGCUCCCUCGCUGCCGAGUACCAGACACGGCGCAACACCUCCCUCGUGCAGGCAGGGAGCGCCUGGCGUUCCGCCUCGGGUACGAAUGCCACGAGAGGCGCAGCCUUUUACUAUGCUGACGAGGCUCGCCGGCUGGAGGCCAAGAGCCGUGCGUGGUCUCUCAAGGCGGCCGAGGAGCUGGUUGAGUAUCGUAAAGCGGGCGGAGGUGGAGCUGGCGCUGCGAGGUAUGGCGGGGAUGAGGGUCGUGGUGGAGCGAGGGAAGGAGUCGUGGACCUGCAUGGCGUCACGGUCCGCGAGGCUCUCUCGAUUGUCAAUGCUGAGCUCAAUGCUUGGUGGGGCCUGCCGUCGAGGAGUAGGACGAGCAGUCUGACCAUCAUCACUGGAGCGGGAAGACAUUCACCCAACCAGGUGGCCAUCCUGACCCCUUCGGUCGCCAAGUGGCUUGCGAGGCAGGGAUGGAGAGCAGAGGUCGACAAGAGCAGGGGAGUCAUUGUCGUCAGAGGUCUCGGAGCGUGA